CAGGGGCGCAGGGCUGGAGGGCAGCUGCUGCGGGCGGCGGGGGGGCCGGUGCCGCACACCCUGCCCUCCCCCAGGUCCUCCCCCAGCAGAGCCCCGGCUCCGUGACCGUGCGGAGCCAAGCUGGCGGCAGAGCAGCCAUGGCAGAGGAACAGACCGAGCUGGAGGAGAGGAUCAUCAUCAAGGACCAGCACACCAAGGAGAUCGACCUGGUGAACAGGGACCCGAAGCGUAUAAACGAGGACGUCGUAAAGGUGGAUUUUGAGGAUGUGAUAGCUGAGCCUGUGGGAACAUACAGCUUUGACGGCGUCUGGAAAACCAGCUACACCACCUUCACCGUCAGCAAGUACUGGUGCUACCGGCUGCUCUCUGCCAUCCUGGGAAUCCCCCUGGCAGUUGUCUGGGGAUUCCUCUUUGCCCUCAUCUCCUUCUGCCACAUCUGGGCAGUGGUGCCCUGCAUCAAGAGCUACCUGAUAGAGAUCCAGUGCGUCAGCCGAAUCUACUCCCUCUGCAUCCACACCUUCUGUGACCCGCUCUUUGAGGCUCUCUCCAAGAUCUGCAGCAACAUCAGAGUUGCUCUCCGGAAGGAGAUCUAGGUCCCUACACCCACCACAACCACCCCUCUGCGCCGGUGUCCCUGGUUCUUGCAGCGUGCCCUGCCCUCAGGCGCACGGACACGCGUGCCCAGGGACCUGCAGCACGGCGGGGCCCCGUGGCAGAGCUGGAUGUCGGGGAUGCUCCCUGCAGAUGGAGGCACGCCGGGCUGCUCCUUACUCCAUCCCAAAGCCAGAAGCUUUAGGAGAAGAGAAGCCCGCUGAGGCUCGGUGAGCAGCCCAGGGAGAGCCCUCUGCUCUCCAGAACAUCCCCUGUGGAGGGACUGCAGCAUCUCCUGGACCACGGCCCUGGGCCACAACCUGCAGUUGCAGAGCGAGAAGCAAGGGUGCAGAGAUGCUGCUGGACAACAGACCAAACCCUGCUUCUCCAUCCCUUCAGUCUAGCAUGACACUAUGAAAAAUACUUGCAUAUGAAUUAUUAUUAUUUGCUGCAAAUAAUUGUUGUUGUGGAAGCUUCUGUAUUAAAUCACGCUGCACAAAAGUUUUAUGGGUAGAAUAGUGAAAGAAAGCUUUUCUUUUUUCAUGGGUGUUUGCAUUUCAGCAAAGCUUUGAAAUCCAGAUCAAUUAGCGCAUGCGAUGCUGUGUCUGCCUCCUGGGAGAAGUGCUGGGCCCGGGCCGCCAGCAAUCGCAAAACCACUUGUGGCAGAGCGACACUCGCCACUUCGUUACGGGGCAUCGUUAUGCUUUGUGGUCAGGAUCCAACCGGCAGCGCAGCCGCGGUGGGCAGCUGCCCCGCGCAUCGCCCACGAGCGCGCCGGGGAUGCAGAGGGGGCAGCUGGGCAGCACCAUGGGCAGCAUCGAGAACCAACGGCUGUUGCUCGAGAAGUGACAAGCCUGGCUUUAAGCAAAGCUUUGGCUUGUUCCUCAGGGACAGCAGUGACUACGUGGCUGCUUGCUUGCUGCCGGGCAAGCUCUAGCCCACAGCACUGUGUUUACCUUGCACGGCGAGGGCUGUGCCUCUGCUCCGCACCCCGCUUCAGCUGCCGUCCCGCUGCGGGGGGGGCAGGACCACGCCAACCCCUCGGGCUCUGCCCCGAGGGAGGACACCCGCAUCCGACGCGCUGCCUCGCACCCUUCCCUCCAGCCAGCGCCCCUGCCAGAGCACCCUGGGGCUCACCCGGACGUGCGGGGGGAGCCGGGGAAGGAGCCUCCCCGGGAUGCUGCCCGCUCCCAGCCGCCCCGGAGGAAACAUGGGGAGGAGGAACAAAAGUCCAGUUCGGAGCUAUUUCCUCCCCUGCGUUGUCAUUUAAUCUUAGUCCAUCUUCCACGAAGCCGUACAUUAACUUUGCGGCACUUAAAUGCUUUUUUGGCUCUGGCCUUAAGUGCUUUGCUGAAUCAGGGCCCAGGAGGUCUCGUUGUGCAGAGGUUCUUCUCAAUUGUAUUCACGUGCUUUUCUCCCCGGCUUCCAACACGGACUUGGAGCCAAAGUCUCUGCUAGUGCCAUGCCAAGGACGAGAGCCAGCUUUUCUGUUGGUGCUCUUCCGCUGGCUUGGGAUUGUGGACCGUCAUUAUUCCAUAGCAAUAUAGCACCCAAGGUCCAGCAACACCGGGCCUCGAGAUGGAUGGAGUGAUACAAAAAAAAAAAGGAUAUUUAGAUAUUUGUAGGGGAAAAAAGUUUCCAAACACAAUUUAUCAUGAGCAUUUUUUAAAGCUUUUUGUGAGAAUAAAAAUAAUUAAAAACAAUACUGG